CAUCAAUUUGUACAGUCUGCAGUUGGCACCCCUGUUUUUUUUUCCUUGUUUUUUUUUUCUCCUGCAAGGAGUAGCAGGAGAUUUGUUGAGCGUUAUUGUUAUGAUCGGACCCCGCUGCAACAUGAGCCAGCGCCAGGCUCUGCUGACAGACGCCUGGGCCCUGAGGUGCGCGUAUCGGCGCGCAACAUAAAGCAGAAAAAAACGGCAAAGUGGGAGACAUCACUCGGCAUUAUAGGUUUCUGUAGUUCCUGCAGCUGGUAAACAACUGGGACCAGUUUUGUUUCUGCAAUGGCUUCUGUUGUAAAAUGGACAUAAUAGAGGAAGAAUAAUGAAAACAAGGACACACAAAGAAUCGAUGCCCAUGCGCAGUGGGCGAAGGAGGGGGGCAAGUGAAGAGAGAAGGGGUAGGCGCCCUCACACCAGCCCCACUCGUCCUGAGCGCACCGAACGGCAGACGCAAAGAGGUGGUGGUGAGGAACUGGCUGGAAACCGCUUCAGUCGCAGAUCACAAGGGCAUGAUUCAUCAGAGAGUGAGGGGGAGGAACUUGUAUCACCUCCAAAGAGACAGAAAGUUCAGGAUUCAGCGCCUAACCCAAAUCCUCCAACAUCAACACACUUGACUGAAAGCUCAACUCCUUCAAAUGUUCCACCUCCAACUUCAGCUGCAAGCCAAUCUCGAGAGAGUGAUAAUGAAGAUCGCCAAUCACAAGGCAGCAGAAGUUCAGCUGUAGGGAGCCUUGCCAAUAGCAGUAGCAGCCUGAGCAGUGGGCGGGACAUAGACCAGGACAAUCGAUCCUCAUCUCCCAGUCUCUCUGCUUCCCCACUGGGUAGCCUGGACUCUGAUUCUGAUGGGCCCGAUUCACCAAAGCAAGGAGAACGGGAGAAAGGUAAAGAGGCUGGGGCUGGGAAGGUGACUGGAGAGGAUAGGAGAACAUUACAAGAAGGGAGAGGCGAAGAGCCCUGUGGCGAUGUCGAAAAACAAGACAUAGAGACAAUUGAAGAUUCACCAUCUUUGAAGCCCCCUUCCACUCCUUGCUCUUCCUCCAGCUUGACACCUUCUCUUCGUGGAGGGGAUUCAUCAAAUGACAGCAACAGUGGGCGGAAAUCUUAUUUUUCACUGGACUCCAAAUUGAUGUGUAAAGAAUAUGGCACAGCAGGUGUUGAAGGCAGUAGAAUGACUUCCAAAGCCAGCCCACAGUGUGUGAACAAGACAACUAUCUCUGGAGGAGAUUUUUCACAUAACAGCCCCAACAUUCCUCACUCGUUACCCCCUCCACUUCCUCCUCCACCUGCCCUGAAGCCAUUGGAGCUUGGGGGACAAAACUUGCCGACUGAAGUUAAGACAGAAAGAGACAAAACUGAAAAAACAGAGAAACUCAUGGACAAGGCUCAGUCCACCCCACCCUCUCUACUGCCACAAUGCAGCCCGCAGCCCUUUUCCCAGUCUCAGCCUCAGAACCAGCCCUCCAGCCAUCCUCACCACUACAGCUCAACCAGUUGGCAGGGCGGGGCAGCAACUGGUUGUCAGGGGAGCUGGGGCUACUCCCGUUAUCCUGGGAGCCACCACCCACAACACCAGCCUCCUGUGCAACAGCAGCAACUUCCUUCUGUCUACAACCCACCAUCUUCUCGCCACUCCUCCUCCCACCCCUCUUAUCUCCCCCAUUCUCACCCCCACCCCCACAGAGAGUACCUUCCCAGGUACACUGGAGGGGGAGGAGACAGAGAGAGGGGGCCCACAGGAGAGAGGGGAGUUAGGGGGGAGUGUGGUGGGAGAGAAAUCAACAGAGAGUUUUCUGCACCUGUUGGCAGCAGCAAUAACAAUAAUGGAGGGGGAAGUAAUAAUAAUAAUGGCUGUGCUGGAUUGAGUGGGCCAAACACCAUUCCAGCAAGGGAGUUUGGGGGAAUGUCUGUAGGGCAAAAUAGGGAGUACCAAGGUUCUGCAAGAGAUGGACCUAACAUUGGUCCAGAUCGAAGAGACUUUGGUCCAGCGUUCAGGGACAGGGAGCGCGAAAGGGAAAGAGAAGGAGGAAGAGAGUUUAAUCUGCCAAAUCAAAACCAGAAUAGAGACUUUGGCCCCACUGGAGCAGCAGGAGGGCAUCCAAGAGACAAAGAUGGCAACAGAUGGGGGGAGUUUGGGAGCCAGACAAGGGAGGUUUUGGGUAACAGCAAUCCUAACAGCAACUCCAUACCACAGGGAAACCCCCAAAGCUCAGCCACUGGUCUAUCAGUCACCCCUACUUUGAAUCGUGAUCCACCUGCCUCACCCCAAAACAACCCCAAUCACCCCUCUCAUUCCUCUCUUCCUUCACACCCCCAUUCUCAUCCCCCAAAUUCAUCAAACAGAGACUUCCCUCCUCCCAUGGAACAGACACAAAUGCCUUCAACUGGAACAGAUCACUUCCACAGAGACUAUCCUCCAGCUGGAGGAAAAGACUUUACAACUGCGGCACCUCCUUCUACUGGCACAAAUCGAGAGUACUUAAGCUCCCCGGGAGUGACUCCAAACCUGGGACGAGAGUACCCAGGGACUGGAGGAACACAACACCCUCACCCAUCUCACCCCCUCUACCAGCCUGGGCCCAAAGAGAGAGAGAGAGAUUCAAAUAUGCGAGAAUCUGCUCUGUACCAAAGCCGUGGAGGCCCUAAUCAGCCGCCUGCACUCUCUCCUUCCUCCUCCUCCAGUCAUCAUGGACAGUACCCACAUCCUCCUCCUCAGCCACCUGUACACCCCCCUCAAUCCUCCCAUUCCCAGCCACCCCAAUCAAGUAUGGGACCUAAUGUACGUCCCUCACACUAUCAGUCCUCUGCCCAAACUCCUCCAACUCCUCUGUCUCCAUUACCUAGCCCAUCUACCAAUCAGAUGGGAGCCUUCACAUCCUUUCCUUCUGGUUCUUCCUCUGCACCCACUUCACAAAUUCCUGUACCCGGUGUGCCAUCCAGCUGUUCACCUGGAUGCCGCCCUUCAUCCUUCCAUGGCGCUUUGAACAAUCACCCUCAGUUUAGUGGCACAUAUCACUCCAAUGGAAGCAAUGGCAGCACCAUGGCAAACAACAGUAGCAACAGUAGCACAGUCAGUAGUAGCAGCAACACUAACUCACAGGCCCUUUCACCUCAGAAUGUCUCAAAGGCACAGCCAACUCUUAGUAAUUCCACCACCAACAACAGCAAUGUCCCAACACCUACCUUGAGCUCGACACAUCAUGGUGGAGAAGGAAAUUUAGAUACAGGCCUACCUCCAACACCUGUUAUCAAAGAAGAGCCACCAGAGGACAGGGAAGAAAACGAAAGCCCUCCACCAGUAUUAAGAAGUCCCUCACCUGAACCAAAACAUGUGGAUAUUCCUAUCCAUGCCAGCCAAUCAGCACGGUUUCACAAAGUCCUUGACCGAGGAAGCGGGAACUCCUGUGCCCGCAGUGAUGUCCUCUUUGUCCCGUUAGAUGGCUCCAAAUUGUGGAAAAAGAGGAAUGAAAUGAUUGAAAGAGCUCGCAGGGAAGUAGAGCAAAGGGCCAGAGAUCUGAGAGAGAAAGAAAGAGAGAGAGAAAGAGAACGUGAGAGAGAACUGGAUCGUCAUUUACAGCACCAGAAAGACGUCAGCGCUGCUGGAGGGGGACGCCAGGGUUCCUCGCUCUUCUUCCCCCCAUCAUCCUCUAUUAUUCUCGACCCUUCCUCUUCUUCCGCUUCUUCCUCGGGCAACGUAGUAGCCCAUCCUCCUUCUCACCCCCAGCACCACCCCUCACAUCCACAUGCACAUCUUCCACCUGCACAUCAUCUCCACCCCUCUCUGUCGCAUGCCAUUCCCCACUCCCUCCUCUUACCCACCAUGGGUGGAGCAUCAGCAGUGGUUGGUGGCCCACAGGGGGCCCUAGGGAUAGGUUUAGGAGGUCCGUAUUUAGGACCUGACACACCAGCGCUUAGAACCCUGAGUGAAUACGCACGCCCACAUGCCAUGUCUCCACUUGGAGCAGUAAGUCGUGCUCAGGGACACCACCCUCAAGUUCACCAUGGUCACCCCCAUGUCCACCCCUCAUUCUUCCUCCCUCAAAUACAAAAUCAUGCCUUGAGCCACCCGCACCACCUACCUGCUGAUGCAGCAACAGCAGCUGCUAUCUUGGGCUUUUUGUAUGGUGGCAGCCUUGAAGGUGGCCCAGGUGUCCCCGGACACCCUGGAGUGGCAGGAGGCCCAGUUCCAGGAGGAAUUGGGGGUGCAGGUUUAGGAGGCGUGGGUUUCCCUCAUGCAAUGGCCGCCCAUCGAGAUCGGCUAAAGCCUGGAUUUGAAUUUAAGAGUGAUGAGCGUGUUUAUCCAGCAGGAUCCAUACCCGAUCCUGCAGCUCUUGCUCUGGCUCAUUCACAUUCACAUGCGCACACGAAUGCCCAUGCACAUGCUCACUCCCUGCUGCUUGCAGGAGGUGCGGCGGCAAAUGAGGUAUCACUCUAUGGCACUCCACCUCCUCCAGCUCCACCUGGACCUCCACACCUUCAGAACCCCUCCCUGGCACAAGUAACCCGACCUCCUCCACCUCCUGCCCCACAGUCACUAUCCAAUCCCCCUCCUUCUUCUCUUCUUCCACCUUCUCUCCCCUCUCACCCUUCAUCUACCCCGCUGGCCGCUCCUUCAGCCCCGGCACCCCCCUCUGCACCUCCACCGGCUCCUCCUCAACCUAAUCCACCAACCUCUAGCUCGUCCUCACUACACCACCCAGUGCCCCACUCUUCUUUUCCUAACUCCCUGUCCUCUCAUGUGCCACCACCUCCUGCCCCAGCUGCUCCACCCGAGACUUAUCCAACUCCCACACGCUCCCCUGCCUCAUACGAGCGUGACAGGAGCGGAGAGAGGGAACGGGAGAGGGAGCGGGACAGAGCUGCUUUGCCGGCCUUUGGGGACAGAGAGCGAGAAAGAGAGAGGGAGCGAGAGAGGGGAGGAAGUGGGGGAGGCGGAGGAGCAGGAGGGGGUAAUGGAAACGGAGCAGGGGGAGGAAGAGAAGGAGAGAAUCUGGGACGUCUUCAGAUGUUGAACGUGACGCCUCAUCAUCACCAGCAUUCACACAUCCACUCACAUCUACACCUGCACCAGCAAGACACAGCGGCGGGCGGGGUUCACCCCCUGAUGGACCCGUUGGCGUCGGGGUCUCCUUUGGCUCGCCUUCCAUACCCAGGAGCAACGCUAGGCACCCCCAUCCUGGCUCACCCCCUCACUGACAGCGAGGUGCUUCGCCAACAGCUGUUCGGUGAGGAGAAGGCUCCUCGUCCAUGUGCUCCUUUCCGUGACUUGCCCCAGCCUUCCUCCCUCACUGGUCCCAUGUCAGCGGCCCAUCAGCUCCAGGCCAUGCAGCAGGCCCAGAGCGCAGAGCUGCAGAUCCAGAGACUGGCCCUGGAACAGCAGUGGAUCCAUCACCAUCAUCACCACUCCCUCACACAGGACGAGUACUACAGUCACCUGAAGAAAGAAAGUGACAAGACCCUGUGAGGGAGGGGGGGACAUGAUGAAAAGCUGCUCGGGCAAGAAGACGACAAUAAACAUGUGAAUCUGUGCUAGAACAGACUGAAGAAAGAAAAAAGAAAAGCACUGAAAACAAAGAGGGAACUUAUUAAACUAAAGUCAGACUGAAAGGCAGGGAACGAAGUGCUGCAAAUGGGAACAUUUUAAAGGAUUAACAAAAGAAGGAGGUGCAAAGACGAUGCACGUUGUCCCUGCAAACCACACCGGACUCCCAGUGUUCCCCUGUAUUAAUCUUGUUUUGUAUUGUGCUCUGUACAGUAUACUAGGUGGGAGGGGUGAGGAUUGUGAAGUACAGUAUGUUGUAAAAUACUUGAUGCCAGGAGGAAUGAGUCUCUUUUAUUUCAUUGCAUGUAGCUAGGCGCUUCUUCUGAACUGGUGGAAGUUUUGGUUCUCUUUUUAGUAAAUCCUCCCCUCUUUUGUACCAGAGGGACACUCGAUAUGCAUGAGACCAGCAAUUUAGUGUUUCUGUUCAUGAUGAUAGUAUUGUUAUUAUGAUUAAUGUUGUCUGUUUGUUGAUAAUGAUAUAAUUAUAUAUACAACACAUAUUAUUUGUAUUAUUUUUUUACAUUUUCAUGGUAUGGCAGUUGGUUUUUAUUUUUUAUUUUCAAUUUACCUUGUGAAACAAGAUGCAAAUGAAGGCAAAAAAAAAAGAAGAAAAUAAUCUGGGAAUAAAUUAUAAUCUCUUUUUUUGCUA